GUUAUCUUUGGCCACGCUGCCAGGAUUCCUGGCAGCCGCAAGUUAUUAUGCUGACUGGAGUGAAGCCCGCAGCCUGAGGUGGAGCUUCGCAGCACUCGGGGUGGGUUUCAGCCUGCUCCACCCAGGACGUGUGCCGUCAGUGGGUGAAGAAGGCGAGGGUGAUUGGGCACAUCUCACGGAUGGGAUCCUGUCGGCUUCGGCAGUUGGGCGCGGUUUGCUGCUCCACUUGCUUUUUGCGUCCUUCGCGCAGGCCUUGGCGUGCAUCGGGCGCUGCUGUCUUGGUGCUGUGCCGAAAGGCCACGUGCCGAAGCAGAGUGCGUGGAGGCCGGUAGCCCUUGCGGUGGCGUUCUGCGCUUUCCUUGGCGAUGCGGCAGCAGCACGGAUCUUCGAGUCACGCUCACGAUGGCUUACCGUGGCCUCAGCAAACUUCCUGGCUGCUGUGGCUUGUGCCAGCUUCCCACAAAGCUCGCGCAGACCUCCGCCUCUCUCAGAGUGGGCCGAAGGCUAUGCGGGGCUUCGCGAUCUCCGGCUUGGGCGGCAGCGACUGGACUCACGAGACUCGAGAGACUCGCGUCUGCGUGCUGGCGUGGUCGGAGGCCUGCGGCGGCUGAGCGCUCGAUUUUUGCCUGCACGCAAAAAGGACUUGCUAGAUCCGGCCUUCGUGAACUGCAUCCUUGCCGAGCUUUGGCCAAGCCUACGUGGCAUGCUGGAGGAAGAUGUCGUCAAGGGCGAGUUUCAACAAAUUCUUCAGAACGUCACAGCUGCGUUGAAGUUCGACAGGAUUUGCCUUGGGCCGGAGCCUCUAAAGGUGCUCUCUCUGUCGAUGGUCCCGGCCACCACCACCGAGCGCGCCAUCACCAUUGCCGCCGAGGUGGAAUUCUGUGGCAAGGACGUGGACCUGACUUUGAGCCUCACGCUGGGCAGACUGGUCGGAUUGUCGGUCAGUGUAAACCGGUUCUCACUUCGAGGAUCGCUCCUUCUGUCGUUCCGAUAUCUGACCCCGCACCUUCCGCUGACGCAGGGCCUCACCAUCGCCUUCGUGAACCCACCGGCAGUGGAUUUGAGUUUGCGCACCCCGGCGGGUUCGCUGCCCUUCCUGCCGGAGCGCGCUCGACAGGCCCUGAUCGCUUUGGUCGACUCCACCCUUGCCCGAGAUUUGGUGCUGCCGAAUCGCUUGCCGGUGCCUUUCGGCACGCUCUGGCCUCUCGAGCGGCUGCAGCACGCCCGACCCGAGGGUGUGCUCUUCUGCCGAGUUCUUGGUGCUUGUGGUGUGACCGCGGAGCGAAACAGCUUUGGUGCUGAGCGCGCCGUCCGCUGCUGUCUUUCUCUAGGCGCCGCCACUUGGAGAUCCGUUGCGGCACACAGUGAGGAUGGCGAACUGAUCUGGGAUGAGCAGCCCACUUUUGUGGUAGAUGCUUUCUCGAGCCAGGAGUUGAGGAUCGCGCUGCAUGAGUGCCACACCUUCAGUGACCGGCAAUCUGGUCAAGUGAAGGCGCUGCCUUUGGAGGAGCUGGUCGAGCGGAGCAAGCACCAGCACAUGCCCAGCUGGGCUCUUCAGGCUUCGGCUGGGAGCGCGUCAGGAGGCCUUGGAAGCCCUCAGAUCCUUCUCUCGGCAAUCUUUCAUCCGGUCUCGCGGCAGCGUGCCUCCUUUGACAAGAAGCUUGGCUCACUCGUGAUGAUCACCGUUGACUGCGCCCGUCGCAUCCCUGAUGCCUUUGCUGGCCGCCGCCUCGCGGUGCGCGCGUUCCUUGCCACUCGCGGCCGCCCAGCCAAUGGUGAUCGACCGGCCAUACAAAGCUACUCCCUUCGAGCUUCGUACGUGCUUCCUCUGCAUGCAGCCACUGGAAUCCUGGAGAGACUUCUCCUCUGCAACUUCACAGCGCCGACUUCGGCUUUGGGCGACUCCUCAGACGAGGAUCCCCGCGGGACAAAGCCUUACCAGGGCUACCUGAAGUCAGAGGAG